CUUGGUUUUCAUUCUCUUUCUUUGCAAAAGGCAAACGACAUCGGAUUGAUUGUUUAUUUAAUUUAUUCCGUCUCUUUGCAUGUUUCUCCUGCUAUGUAUAUAUAUAUAUAUACAUAUAUGUAUAUGUAACACCUGACAUUUCUUCCUCAACUAGAUAUAAAAAAAUUAUCAACAUAUAUCUCUCGGUUCUAGUUUCUUCUGUUCCCAUAUUCCAGUCAUCAUCACGUCCAUAUAAUUAAUUACCUCUUCAUGGAGAGUGUUGAGUUGAAGGUGGAGAUGGUUGGGAUUCAUGAGAAAAGACUCAGGAAAUCUCUAUCGAAGCUAAAAGGGAUAGAGAAGGUAGAAGUAGAUGCCAACAGUCAAAAGGUAGUGGUAACAGGGUACGCUCACCGCAAUAAAAUUCUAAAAGCCAUAAGGAGAGGAGGGUUAAAAGCUGAUUUCUGGUCUGCUCAAAAUGAACUUCUCACUGCUUAUGCAAGCGCCAGCUAUGGAAGCUUAAGAUUCAGCAACUUCAACUUUUUCUAACUCCUCACUUAUUUUUUCUGU